GUCGGACCUGUUACGUUGUGGGACACAACACAUGUUGCCGUUCUAUACGCGUGGUUCAUACACUGGAACUGAGAAGCCUGAAAAUGCCAAAGAAAGGGAGACCAGCAGCCUCCAACAAGGACGUCCCCAGCAAACAGAGAAAGACUGUCUCCAACGGUGUAUCGUCCCCCCUGCGCUUUGACACCCCGUCCAGUCUGUUCCAGAGCUUGAUCUCACCUCUGAGUCAGGAUGAGUUCUUUCGGGAUUACUGGGAGAAGAAGCCUCUCCAUUUGCAGAGAGCUGACCCAGCCCUGGCGUCCUACAACCAGUCUCUGUUCCAGCUCUCAGACCUGAAGGAGCUUUCUUCCCUGGGGCUGGAGUAUGCCCGGGACCUAAACGUUUGUCGUUGUGUCCAGGGACAGAAAAAAGUGCUGAACAAGACGGGUCGUGUCAACUACAGUCAGCUGAGGAAAGAUUUCGACCAGAAGAGAGCAACCAUCCAGUUCCACCAGCCGCAAAGGUUCAAAGAUGAACUAUGGCACAUUCAGGAGAAGCUAGAGUGUUUCUUUGGUGCACUGGUGGGCUCCAACGUUUACAUCACCCCCCAGGAGUCCCAGGGACUACCUCCCCACUACGACGAUGUUGAGGUGUUCAUUCUGCAGCUGGAGGGGGAGAAGCACUGGCGUCUCUACAGUCCCACUGUGCCCCUGGCGAGAGAGUACAGCCUGGAGCCAGAGGAUUGCAUCGGCAUGCCCACCCACGACAUCAUCCUCAAGGCUGGUGAUCUUCUGUACUUUCCCAGAGGAACCAUUCAUCAGGCUGACACCCCCGUUGGAGUGGAACAUUCCACCCAUCUAACCCUCAGCACCUAUCAGAACUCGUCAUGGGGAGACUUCCUGCUGGAUGUGUUUCCCAGCUUCCUAUUUGACUCCAUGAAGAGAGAUGUGAGCCUGCGAGAAGGCAUGUCCCGCAGACUGUUACUGGGAGCCAUUGGGGCUUCUGACACUAGCGGGCGCUUGGCCACCUUCCUGAGAGGCUUGGCAGAUGAGAUAGAGCAGGACAAACAGGAUCUGCGCUCCACUGAGAUGAAAAGAGACUUUGUCACCAGCAGACUUCCCCCUUACACACUGCAGCAGGGAGACCUCUCACCAGCUGGAAAGAUGCCUGCGCUGGAAGAUACUGUGUGUCUGAGGUUCAAGGACCACAUUCUGGUGACAGUGGAAGCCAGUCAAGAUAGAACAGAUGAGGCCACAGAGUUGGUGGUAUUUGUGUUACACUCUCUGAGAAACAACAGGGAGACACACAUGAUGGGAGGGAGUGGUGGUGACGAGGAUGACGAUGAAGAGGAUGAUGUGUUAGACUCUCAGCCCCGGGGCCUGCGCUUCCCUCUUACCCACCUCCAGGCUCUCAGUCAGCUGCAGGGGGCAGAAUGCAUCCCAGUGGCCCAGCUGAAGCUGCCCUCAGAUGGAGACAAGGUUAACCUGGCCCUGGCCCUCUGGACAGAAAGCUUGCUGGUUGUGUGCCGACCGACCGACUAAGCAAACCCAGCACUUGUCUCAAUUAGACAAUGACAUCUAUGAAUAAAUAACGGUCUAAAUGCUUUCUUCCUGGACCUCAUCAACCCUCACUGUCCACUUCCUCAACAUCUGACUCGUCGUCAUCUUCGUUGUCACUGUCCAAGCUUGUUGAGGAUGGCUCUGUGUCAGGCUCAAAGAGCCUCAAGUUUUCCCGGAUUGCCACCAUUCUUUCGCCAGAACAAAAAUGUAUUUCAAUAUGUUGCGAGCUAUGAUUGAAAUCUGUCUGCGGUACCGCUCUUGGCCUCUACGCAAUUAGGCGCUCUCACACUUGCCAGGCAUAGGGCUGAAACGUUCAGACACAACACUGAUGACAAAGACGUUCAAAAACAACAGAACAUUUUAUGUUUACAUUUAUGUUUCUGGCAGACAAGGUUACCAACCAGCUGCAUUCAAGAUCCAGGUGAGCUAGGUGUGCAUAGUCUUGUUCUCAACAACAUUUAAGUUCCCUGUUAUAUGCUUUUGCAAAACAACUUAAAAUAAAAAAAAACAAAUUCCCGAGCCAAAAUUCCAGUGGAAAUGUGUUCCGAGUCCGACACCUGGACUUCUGUUAGCGUGCUGCAGUGGCUAUUUGCCAAGCUCAAGAGUGCGCUGACAUGAAAUGUUGCAUGCAUUUGUGUUUUGGUUAAACUGCUUUGAUUUCACAGCGUUGAUUAGGAUACUGCGUGAUUUUUUUCUGGGAUUAUCAAUCUAAAUUAAUGCACUGACUGACAAAGUAAAUUGUUAAAACUCAGAUUUUACUGGGGCACAGCAGAUUUAUACUGGGGCACGUACCCCAGUAAAAAGGGUCUAACGACGCCCCUGAUGAAUAGAGUAUAUCUAUAUAUGCAUUUAUAUUCAAUUAUUCGACCACUGGAACUGAGAUUGCUUGAGUAAUCACCAUAUUUCAAGUGUAAUUAUAAGCAACCAACUUAAGGCAACACAUUCCUCAGAUAAGAUUUGACUAGAACAGAUAAGUUAAAGUCUCCACUCAGACUGUUC